GAGCUUUUAUCUGGGGGUCUGGGGGUCAGCAGAGGUUCUCAAUAGAAUAUAUAUAUGAGCUUUCCAGGUGUGUCUCCUCAGCAUCAAGGCGUCCACUGACCGGUCACCUGGUUUUGCUGGUUUUCCGUGCCUGGAGCUGAAACACAACUGAUGCCCGGAUGUUGUCUCUAGUUUGAGCAAAACUCUGUCUCUGGUCAACAGAUCCAAGGCUCUAUUCCUCAGGGGCCCUAAUCCCUACAGCUCCGCCCUGCAGGCGGUCUGGCCCGCCCCGCAGCCCCACCUGCAUGGAGGUCCUGGACGAGUUCGACCACGAGUUCCCUCAGAGUGUGACCUUCUGCCAGCUCAUCUCCGAGGAGGACUUCGAGAGGCAGGCGACAACUUACACAGAGCGCGCACUGCGCCGCCUCUUCCGCAGCCUGGACCGCAACCCAGCGCUGGCGGAGAGGGUGGUGCGCAAGAGCAAGCAGGCAGAGUGCGAGCAGCGCGGGCUUCUCUCCUUCCUCUGGGCCAAGUUCUUCUGUGCGGUCCAGGGGGAGCUGAACUGUUGCAACAGCAUGGGCGCCCACGAGAUGCACCAGCGCCUGCAGCGCCUGAAGAGGAGCAUCCAGCGCGUGCACCUCUACUCCCAGGGUGAGGCUGCACCUCUGCCUGGCCCAGUGGCCCAGCAAACCCAACCCAGGACCCCGUGUCCCGAAAUCUGCGUUAGGAACAUGAACGUGCACAACACUGGAGGCUGCAGUGAGCACCUAGAUGCCAAGAAGAAGAGAAGGAAGCCUAAAGUGAAAAAACCGGAACCCAUCCUCUUGCGGGACCAGUCAACCUCCCCAUGCCUGCCACCAACACUGCUGCCACCUCCACCGAUGCCACCACCUGCUACCACCACGGCCUCUGCGACAGCCCCAUCACCCCCCGUCUAUGCUAUGCCAAGGGUCUUUGGUCCCUUUCCUCCACUGCCUAGCAAGUCGAUGGAGAAAAUGGAAGUUUCCAGUUCUGAGGUGAAAAUAAACUGGACUGGCCAGUCAUCAAACCGAAAGAGCCAUAUGGUCGAUCUGACCCCCUUGGUCCUCAACCCCGGAGGCUUCCAUUUCUCAUACCUGCCUGGAAACAGGGUGCACAAACUCCAUUGCCCCGGCUUCCCCUGGCCUGAGUCCUGUAGUGACCCCGGCAACACCGAGGAGACGCCAGCCCCUCCUGCGAAGGCCUCCAUUUUCACUCCACCUGUCCUGCUCAAGUUCCAGCCUGUGCCCAGACGUAAAGAUGACUCAGAGAAUGACCCUGGCAGUGCAGAGUCUGUGCCCCAGAAGAAGAGCCCAUAACCUCUUCUGUACACACCAUUGUGGAGGCGUGAAUAAAGGUCUCUUAGACAUGC